UUUGAUAUAUUUGUAAAAACCCCUUAAAAAUAAAAUAAAAAAAACAUAAACAAAAAGCCAAUUUGAAAAUAGAUUUGAACUAAAAAAAGAUGUUUUCAAAAAAGAAAAGAAAAAGGGAUUCAGUCAUUUCAGGCGCAAAAAUAUAAAAGGAACGACAAGCCGUUUCAUUGAAGAAGAAAAAAACGACUUCAAUUUGGCGGGAAAGGAUUAAGCCGCGAAGCUGUUGAUAUUGGUUGGUUUGUGCUGCUUGUGAAACGCUCAAUCUUGCAUUUAUUAAGCUAAUGAAGCAUAUAAUUAGGUUUCAGUUCUUCACUUCAAACUCAAACUUCAAGCUUUAUAAUUCUCAGCUCUCCGUCCACCGGAGUUUCCACCGUUCCCGUAAGCAAACCCGAAAACGCAUAUUACAGGGCCCAUCGGAAACUGCCACAAAUUCACUCUUUACGGAAAUUACGGAGAUAUUGGGAGCUGAUAGUCUCAUCCCAGAUAAACACUCAGAUGGGUUUCUAAUAUCCAAAGAAAAUCAUUGGAGUAAUGUGGCAUUGAAGAAUCACACACAAGGUGUUUGUGAAAAUGCCGAGCUGAAUAAUUUCUUGCAGGAGAAGGAGAUUUUGUCGGGUCUCGAUGAAAAUCGGAGGGGGGAUUUGGAUGAAAUUGAUGUUAGUCCUAUAGUUCAUGAAAUUACUGCCAUAGUUCGUGCGGGAAACGGAAUUUUGUUAAUGGAGGAGAGGUUAGACAGUCUGGGGUUUCGGUUAGAACCGGAGGUUGUUGAGAAGGUAUUGAAGAGAUGCUUUAAAGUGCCUCAUUUAGCUUUUAGGUUUUUCAAUUGGGCUAAGGGGAAAAAUGGGUUUUGUCACACAACUGAGACUUACAAUACCAUGUUGUAUAUAGCUGGGGAAGCGAAAGAAUUCGAGGUGCUGGAUGAUUUGGUGGAGGAAAUGGAGAAGAAUUUGUGUGAAAAGGAUAUUAAAACGUGGAGCAUUCUUAUCUCGCAGUUUGGGAAGGCAAAGUUGAUUGGUAAAGCAUUGUUGUUCUUUGAGAAGAUGAAGAAAUCUGGGUUUGAACUUGAUGAGAGAAUUUAUAAAAUAAUGGUGCAUUCUCUUUGCAAUGCUGGAAAGGGUGAGGUCGCGUUUGAAAUUUACAAGGAGAUGAUACAGAAGGACAUGAGACUGAGUUUGAGUCUGUAUAAGCUGUUGCUUAAUAGCAUCGCGAAUUCAGGAAAGGUUGGCGCUGUCCACUUGGUGGCAGAUGAUAUGGUUAGGCUUUCACAGAUUCCGGAACGUGAUGUUCAUCUUUGUGUGCUGAAGAGUUUUUGUGUUGCUGGGAAAAUUAGUGAGGCUCUAGCACUAAUUCGUGACCUCAAGAAUAAAAAUGUAUUAGUUGACUAUGAAUUUCUUGAGAUCUUGGUGAAAGGACUGUGCCGGGCUGAUAGGAUUGUAGAUGCUUUGGAAAUUGUUGAAAUUAUGAAGAAGAGAGAUCUUGUUGAUGAAAAGAUUUAUGGGAUUAUCAUAAAUGGGUACUUGAGGAAGAAAGAAUUUUCAAAAGCAAUUGAGCUAUUUCAAAGCAUGAAAGAAUUAGGACAUCAGCCAAUGACUUCCACUUAUACAGAAUUAAUGCAACAUCUGUUCAGUUUAAACCAAUAUCGCGAAAGCUUUGAGCUGUUCAACGAGAUGCUGGAAAGAGGAGUUAAGGUUGACAGUGUGGCGUUUGCAACCGUUGUUGCAGCUCAUGUUCGCCAAAACCAUAUAUCAGAAGCAUGGGAAGUGUUCGACAAGAUGGAGGAUAAGGGAGUUAUUAAUCCUACUUGGAAGUUUUAUUUCAUUUUCACUAAAGAGCUUUGCAAAAUUUUAAGAACAGAUGAGGUUAUGAAGGUUUUGUACAAAAUGCAGGCCUCCAAGAUAUACAUUGAUAACAAAAUAUUCGAGUUGGCGAUAUUUUAUAUGGAGAAAAAGGGAGAGAUGGAAAACGUCCACAAAGUAAAGCAGAUGCAAAGGAUGUGCACACUUCAUUCCCUACAAGAUGGGGCAUCAGAGGUGGAACGGAACCACUAUCAGCCCGAUCAAGGAAGGAAUGAUUGUCGCUUAACAGAACCACAUUCGGAGACCUGCAAUGAGAUAAAUUCAGAGCAAGGAUGGGUAGAGCUUCACCAGGUGAAGCCAGAUUCAAAGAGUUAUAACGACGAGGAUUUACAAGAAAUUUGCAAGAUAUUAUCUUCGUCAAAGGAUUGGUCCAUUAUGCGAGAAGCUCUUGAGAAAUGCACUGUCCAGUUCACACCUGCACUGGUGGUGGAGAUUUUGCGAAAUUGCAGUAUCCACGGAAAAGCCGCGUUAAACUUUUUUUCAUGGGUGGGAAGUCGAUCUGGUUAUCGCCACACUGCAGAAACAUACAGCGCGGCUAUGAAAAUUUCAGGACGCGGGAAGGAUUUCAAGCACAUGAGGAGUCUUUUCUACGAAAUGAGAAGAAAAGGCUGCUUAAUAACACCAGACACUUGGGCUAUCAUGAUAAUGCAAUAUGGUCGAAUAGGUCUAACAGAGAUCGCUUUAAAGAUUUUCUAUGAGAUGAAAGAUAAUGGAUGCGCACCAAAUGACAGUACAUACAAAUAUUUGCUCGUAAGUCUUUGUGGGAAGAAAGGCAGAAAAGUCGAAGAAGCCAUAAGUAUAUUCCAUGAGAUGAUUCUUGCAGGACAUGUCCCCGACAGAGAAGUGGUAGAAACUUAUCUCAGUUGUCUCUGUGAAGCUGGUAAAGUAUCAGAAGCUAAAAAGAGCGCAGAUACUCUUCGAAAAAUUGGUUAUACCAUUCCCCUUAGUUAUUCCUUACACGUUAGGGCACUUUGUCGAGCAGGAAAGUUGGACGAAGCUUUAAAAUUGCUCGACGAAGUUGAGGAAGAGCGAUCUACCUUAGAUCAAUACACAUACGGAACACUUGUUCACGGGCUACUACGAAACGGACGACAAGAAGAGGCAUUAGCUAAAAUAGAUUCAAUGAAAAACGCAGGCAUCGAUCCAACUGUCCAUGUCUAUACAUCCUUAAUAGUUCAUUUCUUCAAGGAGAAGCAAACCGAAAAAGCUGUCGAAAUAUUCGAGCAAAUGCAACGAAAGGGGUGUGAACCGACAAUCGUUACGUAUUCAGCAUUGAUUCGUGGAUACAUGAACACGGAGAAAUUUGAUGAUGCUUGGAAUGUGUUUAAUCAUCUGAAAAUCAAAGGACCAAAACCUGAUUUCAUGACUUACUCUAUGUUCAUUAGUUGUCUAUGUAAGGCAGGGAAAUCUGAAGAAGCAUUGCAGGUUUUAUCAGAAAUGAUGGAUGAUGGGAUUGUUCCUAGUACUAUAAACUUUAGAACUUUGUUCUUUGGGUUAAACAGAGAAGGUAAAAAUGAUUUAGCUAAGACUGUUCUGCAACAAAAGAUAGCUUUAAGAAGUAGACGCAUGUUCUUGACAUAAUUUUAUUUUUCUGCCCAUUUUUUUCUUGUAUAUAUAAAUUUGAGUAAAUUACUCUAACAUCCCUUAGAUAUAACACACUUUAUACUUUUGUCCAUGUUGUUUGAAAAUUAAAUAGUUAUUUUUAUUUCCGUUAA